ACCACAACAAAUUGCGGUUUUUCAUAGCGAUGUUACGAUAAUUACGUAUUGCGAUAAACGUAUCAAUAUCCUGUUUAUUAAAGAAAUCUUGAAAACUUAAGAAGUCACAUAAUAAACUUUGAGAAAUAUCGUUUCCUAAAAAAUUACUUGAUCAUCAUCAGCAUAUUGGAUUCAAACAAAAGUCAUAGCAGAUAUGUUAUUCAUCACUAAAUUUCGCAAAUAUAUGUUUAGUGUGGUUAAUACUCUGGAGAAUUGAGAUAAAGAUGGCUUCCUUAGACUGUUUAGAGAACUCUAGUGGAAUACCAAGCACGAGUGAUUAUCUUGCAGGAAUCUCGGAGAGGCCCGUCAACUUGACUUUGCUUAUCGCGUGCACGUUAGUGACAGUUUUACUUGUAGCCUUUUUAAUUGAAUCAGCAUGUUUUCUGAGUAAUAAGGUCCAACUUUCAUCAGUUUCCAAUCAUCGUAUAACAACAUGGUGGAUGAUUGCUGUCUUGCCGGUGAUGAGUUGUGUUGUUUUACCUGGAGUAUACUCGCCUGUAUCAGCAACUUUUUGUAACUUAGUAGCAUCAUUGUGCUAUUCCUUUACAAUGUUUAAAUUCCUGGUCAUCGUUAUGAACUACUAUGGAGGCUAUGAGAAAAUGAUGUAUCGUUUUUCUGCCGAGCGUUUCACCUUCCCUUUAGCAAGCACGCCACUCACAUGUUGCUGUCUGUUUUUACCAGAGAAAAGAUUAACAAGGCGCAGUUUCAAAUGGUUGAAAAUCGCUGUCUUACAAGUGGCCAUCUUCAAACCAGUUACAUCAUUCAUUGGAGUAAUCAUAUGGUUAGAUGCUGUCUACUUAACUGAUAAGAUGGCUUCAGAUAGACCACUUGCGAUUGUAAAUACCACGACCAUAUUUUCAUCAGUGAUUGCAAUGAUGGCAUUAAAUAUGAUUUACAUAGCUUCUACUAGGUUUCUUCAGCCGUUCCAUGUCAGGACUAAGUUUACUUUUAUCAAACUUGGUAUUGUGAUCUGUAACAUUCAACCGGCAUUACUUAGUCUAAUCAUGAGAUUCCGAUUGUUAGAAUGUACCUUUCCUUUCUCUAAUCAGGCAAGAGCCAAUUUCAUGCAGUGUAUACUAUUCAUCUUGGAAGCCGGGAUCCUAUUUCCAUUUAUCCUAUACUAUUAUAGACGAAGCGAAGGUAAUGUUGUUGGAAAUGUAUCAUCGGCGCCCUUCAUAAACAUCAUUUCCAUCCAUCCUAUCGGAAUAACACCUCGACGACCUGAUCGCCAGUUAAUUCCACGUCCGUCGAUCACGAGUAUCGAUGUUGGUCGUACACGUGCUAAGACUGUCAUUGGUUCUGGUGAUAUGGACAUCGACUUCUGUCAGCCUGCUGAAUUAUCAACCAUUGAUGAAGAACCUGAGCAGGCAGAGACAAGGUUUGACCAAUUUUCAACAAACUUUGAGAGAAAAUUCACGACAAGCACGAGACAUGGUCGGCGACAUACAAUCAGCUAAUAAUAGAACCAGCAAAAUUAUAGGAGUUACAUUUCAACAUCCUCAGGCUGGAUAAAAGCGACAGAUCUUUUCAUUCGUAUCAUCGCCAACAGAGACUAUGAUGCAAAUCAUCAUUCCCAUGUUUGUCAAGGCAGAAUGUAUAGACGAUGUCCAUUGAUUUUUUAGUUGGAUAUUUUUUUCUUUAUAUAAACACUUUUCAUUCGUAGAAUGGGCUGACAUUUUUAGGAUAUAAACCUUGUUACUUUUUGAUACCCAAUUACUAAAUUGUAAUCUAAAUGCUCAAAGGGUCAAAUUUUAAGAAAAGUUAAGACAUUUCAAUUCAAUUCAAUUUUUUUUAUUGUCAUAUUCAAUUAAAAAACACAAAAAUUAUCAUCAGACUCCUAUAAAAAAGUGCAUAUAGGAACAAAGAAUAAUCAAUCACAAACUAUAAAUACGUCAAAAUAAUACAUGUAAAUAUAUAUAUUAAUAAAAUAAAUAUACAUAAAUAUACCAUGUUUGCAUGCUUGAGCACCCACAACACGAGACCAACCACAUGCAGACCCACUGUAUGAAACCAUGGACCUAUUACAAAUAGGUCCAUGAUGAAACAUAAGUGUCACCCGCAGUGGAACCAUGCAGUCUUAAGGUGGGUACUCAAUCAUACACAGGCACUGGAAGCUAUUACAUGGAUACAUGCAUAAAUUGAAUUGACCCCAGAGCUGCUAACCUUUAAAAAGUAUAUAUCCAGAGCUGUCUUCAUGAUUGGCCGUCUUCAGACGAAUUCACCACUUUCCGAGAGAAGGUGGAUAUGGAAAUAGGUUUUAAUGUUUUUUUUUUUUUUUUGGAGGGGGGGGUACAGAAAAAGCCGUUGAAAGGCGUUUCAGCGGCCACUAUCUCGUGUGUUAGAUUGGAAUCAUUGGAAUUUUGAAUUCUACAGGAGCAUAAGAAACAUUAUUUAUCCUUUACCAAGCUUUACACAGUCUUUAAAACAAUUUGAUAUACAAUAAAUUCUCCAAGAGGUAUUGUAUCAAGUAUCCGUCAUGGUUCUUUUCAAAAUUUGAUCUUGAACUUUAUUCCCCAUUUCAUGAUUGUAUUCUAAUAUUUUCCCUACGGGUUAUCAGGCCUAUACGGUAUCCAAAUUUAUAAAUCAGCGGUUCAGUUAUGUUUCGUUGAUAUGUCUAAGCU